UGCCGCUUGCGCCUCGCGCUGGAAUAGUGAUUUGUUUGCGGCGUUUCGUGCUUCGACACAACGGCAAAAGAAAAAAAAGAUUUGCUUAAUGGGCGUAAAUAGUUUAUAAAGCAGUUACCAUAAUUUUUCACGAUAAAUUAACACACUAUGGAAGUAAGCAGUGAACAACCCGCUCCAACUAUGGAGCCUGCCGCUAAUACAGAGCAGGAAGCCACCGAAGAACCUACAGAGGAAACAGAGGAGUACAAUUUCGAUGGUGACGACUACAGGCCUUUUAUUCCGCGAGGCCGAGGAGGUUUUAGGGGUCGGGGUCGGGGAGCAUUUGACUUUCCAAUGAGAGGUGGGCCCCCUAGAUUUAGAGGACGAGGAUUUGGCCCACGUGGGCCAAUGUUCAGAGGAGGAAACAAUGGGUUCCCUUUCGAAGGUCCACCGCGUCCCAAUUGUCCUCCAGGCCCUGGAGGACCACGUUUUCGUGGCCCGCCACCAUUCGAUCCAAGCUGGGGCCCUAUGGGACCCCCUAAUUUGAUGGGGCCUCCCAACAUGAUGGGACCACCUGGAAUGCCCCCUCCACACAUGAUGAACGGACCUCUUGGUGCUGGCCCGUAUGGUCCACCGCCUGGAAUGGGACCACCAAGCAUGAAUCAGGGAGCACAAGUCGCCGGUCAGCAGACUCAACAGCAGAUACAUCAAUCGCAAACAAACAUUCCAGGAUUAGACCUUAAUGGUGAGGUAUGGGUUGAGACGAAAACUGGGGACGGAAAGUCAUAUUUUUAUAAUAUAAGAACAAGGGAGACUACCUGGACCAAGCCUGAGGGACCAAAUGUUAAAGUUAUGGCACAAGAUCAGUUAGAGCAACUGGUACAUGGCGCUGCUAAACAAGGUACUGGAUCGACAACGCCAACAGGUACAAUACAGUCUCAACCGGCUGAAACACGAGUAACACAGUCUGGCGAACAAGUAACUGGCAGCUCAGAAACUCAGAGUCAAGCUGCUACCUCAACACCUUCUUCUGCAACUACCGCACCAGCCAGUGAACCAACCGACACAAGUGUACAGCCGGAAAUAAGUCAGACAAAUGCAUCACCAUCGGCUGUUAGUGCACUGGCGACUAACGGCACAGCAAACAUGAUGCAACCACCACCAAAUAUGUUGCCAAUGCAACACAGAAUGCCCACCAACCAGUUUGGAGGUCCUAUACCCACUCCGUUUGGAGCAGCACCUUUUGGCAUGCCUCCGCCAGGCUUCCAGGCGUUUGGAAAUUAUGGACCACCUCAAACAAAUUGGGGUAUGCCACAAAUGCCACAUGGAGUUAUGACUCCUCAGACUGGUGUUGAAGAUCCCGCCAUAUUGGCACAGAUAGACCCGGAGUUAGUGGCGUUAGCAUUAGUUUGGACUGAACAUCGUGCACCUGAUGGCCGGAUGUACUAUUAUAAUACAAAAGCAGGCGAAUCAGUUUGGGAAAAGCCGCAGCCAAUGAAAGAUUUUGAAAAUGCAAAACUUGCCAUACGACAAAAAGCAGAUGACAUAGUACCUGCUGGAACUCAAGACGUGCCGAUCAAACUUGAGAAACAAGAAGAGAGUAGCCCAGAGACCAAAGAAAAUUUCAAGGAAACUGAAAAUAACAAACAAAAGAAAGAUGAAGUUGUUCCCAAAGAAUCAGCUAAACCACAAGAUAAAUCAAGGCCGAUUUCUAGCACUCCCGUUCCUGGAACACCAUGGUGCGUUGUGUGGACUGGAGACGGUCGCGUAUUUUUCUAUAAUCCCUCUUCCCGAAUAUCAGUGUGGGAAAGGCCCGAGGAUCUAGUUGGACGGGCAGACGUUGAGAAACUGAUUGCCACUCCACCAGAUGCUGUUGCUACACCCAAAAAUCCACACCAAUCAGAUUCUUGCGAAAGCAGUGACGAGGAACAGCCAACACCAGCUAAAAAACCAAAACAAGAAGAAGUUGUUAAAGUCAUCCCUAAGGAGGAGGAGGAAAAGGAAGGAAAGAAAACUAUUGACAUAGGUAAGGAGGCUGCGAUUGAAGCAGAAGUGAGGGCUGCUAGAGAGAGAGCCAUUGUUCCUUUGGAUACAAGAAUCAAAUCAUUCAAAGAUAUGCUAGCAGAAAAAGAUGUAUCAGCAUUCAGUACGUGGGAGAAAGAGUUGCAUAAAAUAGUAUUCGACCCUCGCUAUUUGUUGUUGACAUCGAAGGAGAGGAAGCAAGUCUUUGAAAAAUAUGUAAAGGAGCGAGCUGAGGAGGAAAGACGAGAGAAGCGAAAUAAAAUGAAGGAAAGGAAGGAACAAUUUCAGAAGCUUCUCGAAGAAGCUACACUUCAUGGAAAAUCAUCGUUCAGUGAUUUUGCUCAAAAACAUGGCAAAGACGACCGUUUUAAAAACGUGGAGAAGAUGCGCGAGCGCGAGAGUCUGUUCAACGAAUAUCUACUGGAAGUGCGAAAGCGGGAGAAGGAGGAGAAAACGGCUAAACGAGAACAGGUGAAAAAGGAUUUUUUAACCAUGUUGCGAGAGCACAAGGACAUUGACAGACAUUCUCAUUGGAGUGAUUGCAAGAAGAAAUUAGAAUCUGAUUGGAGGUAUAGACUGGUGGAAUCUGCUACUGCUCGAGAGGACUGGUUUAGGGAUUAUAUCCGUAUACUGAAGGAGGAAAGAAAGAAAGAAAAGGAACGCGACAAGGAUCAUAAACACAGGGAGAAGGACCACCAUAAAUCUGAGAAGAAGGAUAAAGACAGGAAAGACAACGACAAGUACAAAGACAAGUCCAAGGAAAAGGUUGAUAAAGAAGUUACAAAGGAGAAAAAACAAAGAAGAACAGAACUUAAUCAUGAGGAGAAUGGUAAGGAAAAGCUCACCGUAGAGAAGGAAGCUGGGGAGGUUGAAGAGCCAGAAGAGAAGAAAUUGAAAAGAGAUAAUGACAUAAACAAUAUUUUACUGCAGAAAGAGGAAAAUAAUAUUGCUUCCGAUUCGGAAGAAGAUCGCGAGAAGCAGAAACGCGAACGAGAACGAAGGGCUGAGGCCAGUUUAAGGGAACGCGAACGGGAAGUACAACGUACUCUCGCUACUCACCUCCGUGAUCGGGAUAAGGAAAGGCAACAUCAUAGGCACGCGGAAGCUGUUCAGCACUUCAGUGCACUUCUUGCCGAUUUGGUUCGGAAUGGCGAUCUUGCUUGGCGCGAGGCCAAGCGACAAUUAAGGAAAGAUCAUAGAUGGGAUUUAGCGGAGAGUCUAGAAAGAGAAGAGAAGGAGCGGUUAUUCAAUGAACAUAUUGAACAGCUCGGUCGUAAAAAGCGCGAUAAAUUCAGGGAGCUACUAGACGAAGUUGGAGCAUCUACAGAGCUUACCACGUCCUGGAGAGAUAUUAAGAAAACUUUGAAAGAUGAUCCCAGAUAUGUCAAGUUUUCUUCUAGUGAUAGGAAAUGUGAAAAAGAAUUCAAAGAAUACAUCAAGGAUAAACUAGUUGCAGCCAAAGCUGAUUUUAGAGAACUUCUCCAGGAAACAAAACUGAUAACCGAUAAGACAUUCAAAAAAAUUCAAGAAAACAGCGCUUGCCUGACAGAAAUUGAAGAAAUUUUAAGAAAAGACAGAAGGUUCCUUGUGUUGGAAGCUGCAGCUGUGGAACGAACACGUUUGCUUAUGGGUUAUUUGGAGGAAUUGGCUCGCAGAGGUCCACCACCACCACCUACAGCCUCAGAACCUUCUCGCAGACCAACAACAAAUUAAUAUCAGCCACGUUGCAUCAUCGAACGAAUAAGUCUACUAUUACAUAGACAAGGCCAUUACAGUAGUUGGACCGAAUUUAUCAAUUUAUUUCCUAGACUAAUAUCGUAACACUGUAUACAUCUAGGGUAAAAUAAAAACGAAACAAGAAA